AUGGCGGAGCCCGGGGCCGCCCUGCUCGGAGGGCCGCGCAACCGGAGCGCCGAGGGCCCCGCCCCGCCGGGCCCCCCGCACUGCGCCGCCGCCGCCGCCACCGCGGCCCCGCGGCUCCUGGCCGCCUUCGCCGCCGUGCCCCCCAGGCUGCCGGCGCCCGCCGCCCUCGCCGCCGCCGCCGCCGCCGCCUCUCCCCAGCUGGACUUCCUGGAGGGCCACUUUCGGACCUUUCGCCUCCCUUUUUGUGACGCUUACACGGCCUGGGACUUGCUGCUCGGCAUGGCCGGCCCGGAGAGUUUGGACUGCAGCUUGUCCAACCUGCUGAUGGAUUUCCUGUCGGCUGCUGCGGGAGCCCAGCGCGGGGAGGCCUGCAGCAGCUGCCUGGAGGCGUAUCAAAGGCUGGACCAACACGCUCAGGAAAAAUACGAGGAGUUCGAGCUUUUGCUGGAGAAAUACCUGCAGGCCGAGGAUUAUUCUGUGCGCUCCUGCAUCAGAGACUGCAAGGCUGUCUACAAGGCUUGGCUGUGCUCUGAGUAUUUUGAUGUGACCCAACUACAGUGCCAGCACCGGAUUCCAUGCAAGCAAUACUGCCUGGAGGUGGAGACUAGGUGCCCCUUUGUGUUGCCUGACAACGAUGAACUGGUCUACGGAGGGUUGCCUGGCUUCCUCUGUACGGGGUUGUUGGAGAACCAGCUGCCUGACCCAGAAGCGAAGUGCUGUGACAUGCAGUGGGACUCCUGUGAUCCCCAGCCGGACCGCAGCUAUAACACCUCCAGCAAAUCCACCAAGUCGGAGUCAUUCCACAGCCCCCGCCAUGAAGCCCCCCAUCACCAGCAAGAGCAGCAGCAGCAGCAGCAGCAGAAGGAACAGCAGCAGCAGGAACAGAAGCAGCACUAUCACCUGUAUUACCAUCACCACCAAUACCCUCCCCCGUCUCUGCUGCCGGUCUCUGCAGGGUCUCGCCUCAGCCACAGCAAAAUCCGGCUCUGCGUCCUGGUCCUUAUGCUCCUGCACACCAUGGUGUCCUUCUCCGGUGUGCACAGCAGCGAAGGCUUGAGCUUGGAGGUCCUUCCCGCCGUGGAGGAGAGCAUCGCCAGAGACGAGUGACUG